CAUGUUAAUAAUACAUUUAAUAUUUUACUAAAUCAACUAAUACUUCACCUCUCACUCCUCACCCCAUUUUCUUCGCCCUAUUUCUUUCUCCACCUUCCAUCUUCAUUCCACACUUUCCCUUAUUACCAUUACACCAACCCAAAAAAACUCACUCUUUUUUUCUUUGUAAUAUUAAAAAUUUCAUCUCCUACCUCAACCAUCCGCUGAUUGGCAAAAAAAAGUGAUGGCGCCCCGUCUCUGGACCUGUUUCGGAAACAAGGGCAGUCGAGACGGCGCAGAAGGAAGCAUGACGACCUCUGAUACAACAACAACACCGGAGGAGCCAGGACGCGCCGGACCAGUGGUGGUUGAGAUGUUUUCAUCUCAAGGAUGCGCGACGUCUCCCGCGGCGGAGCUGGUGUUGUCGCGGUUGGGUAGAGGUGAUUUUCAGCUUGGAAUGCCGCUGGUUUUGUUGGCUUUUCACGUCGAUUAUUGGGAUUACAUGGGUUGGAAAGAUCCUUAUGGGUCCAGUCAAUGGACGGUUAGACAGAAGGCGUAUGUCGAGGCCCUUGGCCUUGAUACGUUGUUGACUCCUCAGGUUGUUGUUCAAGGUGUUUCCCAUUGUGUAGGCAAUGACGAGACUGCACUUGUUGAUGCCAUUAACAAUGCCACCAGAUUCCCUGCUCCUACCUUCCAGGCAACUUUCACAAAACCCACGCAAGACACUUUGCAAGUGUCACUAACGGGAGCAUUGAGGAGCAAAGUAGAUAGUAAUGGUGUGAAUAUCAUGGUAGCCUUGUACGAAAACGGUUUAGUUACCGACUGUCCAAGAGGAGAGAACAAAGGGCGUGUUCUAUCAAACGAUUAUGUCGUGAGAAAGCUCGAAAAGCUCUGCACUGAAAAGGACAUAUCUGCUAAGAAGACAAUAACAGGAAGUGUUAGCUUUCCAUUGUGGGGAGGAUUCAAUAGCAACAAAUGUGGUGUGGCUGUCUUUGUUCAAAGCCCUUCUCACCAGAUUUUGGGUUCACAGAGUUUUCAGUUGCCGGAUGAUAUAUGAUAUGAUAUUGUUGGUUCAUUGUUUUAAUCUGUUCUGCAUAAACAAUCAUAUAUUUCAGUUACUUUGUUGAUGUUUGUAGGCUAUAUGUAUAUGUUAUGUAGAGUACAUAUUUUAGGAUAAUAUUAGUUUUCUUUUGAUUUUCCCUCUUCUGUUUUCUUUUUUAAUUCCUUUUGUACUAUGUGAUACCUUCCUAAUUUUGUUGAAGCCAAGCUUUGUGGACCUCA